CCUUUUUUCACUUUCAAUCAUCUCACAUCUUUCAGUUCCAUCGCGACUUGCAACAAAAUCACUUGUGCGCCACCAUUUAUCCAAUUUCUUCUUUAGCACUGCCUCAAUUCCACACUUAUUCAACCACAUCGAAUUCUUUGACUCAAAAAUGGCACCCAUCAAGAUCGGCAUCAUUGGACUCUCCUCUGGUCAGUCAUGGGCGGUUUGGGCUCAUCUCCCAUACCUCAAGAAUACCACCAAAUACGAGAUUGUAGCCCUGUGCAACAGUUCCGUAGCCAGUGCCGAAGCUGCCAUCAAAGCCCAUGAACUCUCUUCCACUAUCAAAGCCUAUGGAAGCUACGAAGACCUCGCCUCCGACCCCAAUGUCGAGCUCGUAGUUUGCAGCAUCCGUGUCGACAAGCACUACGAAGCGCUUCUUCCCUCCAUCAAAGCGGGAAAGGACAUCUUCUGCGAGUGGCCGCUCGCCAAAGAUGCCGCUCAAGCAGACGAGAUGCUCAAACUCGCAAAGGAGAAGGGUGUAAAGACGCUUGUCGGAUUGCAGUCUAACCAGAGCCCCACCGUCAAGAAGAUCCGUGAAUUGCUCGACAGCGGCCGCAUUGGGACGCUCUUGAGCACUUCUUUCCAUGGAACAUCGCCGUUCUUUACGCCUACUAUGAUGGAAAGUAUAGCGUAUCAGAACGAUGAUACCUCCGGUGGGAAUCUCCUCACUAUCUACGGAGGGCACUCACUCGAAGGCCUAACCCAUGCAAUCUCCCCCAUCAAAUCCUUCCAAUCCCACCUCGCAACCACGCACCCCUCAAUCCAACUAACAACGCAAACCGGCACCCCAACGACCCUCCAACCCCGCACAACCCCAGACCAGAUCCUCCUCCAAGGCACCCUCGCCAACAACGCAGUCUUCUCCUACCACCUCCGCGGCGGCCCGGCCUUUGCAAAUUCCCCCCACGCCGGUCUCGUAUGGCGCCUCUUCGGCACUGACGGCGAGAUCCAGGUCACGGGCCCGAACACCUUUAUGAAUAUUGCGGAUACCACGGAUUUUAGGAUCGAGGUGUUUGAGCAUAAGAGUGGGGAGGUUGAGGAGGUGGUGCUUGAGUUGGAUGAGUGGAGUCGCGAGGAUGGGGGUGGGGUGCCGCUGUUUGCGAGGAAUAUUGCGAGGUUGUAUGAGGCUUUUGCUGAGGGGAAGGGAGAGGGGGAUGGGGUUUUGGGGUUUGAGCAGGCGGUUGAGAGGCAUAGGUUUAUUGGCGAGGUUUAUGAGAAGGCUGGGUGGAAGAGAUGA